AAAUAUUCAUUUAUUUUUGACGUUUAAGGUUAUGUUUAUGUUUGAUUUGCAAAAGUUGAGAAAUUAGAAAAAAAACGUAAUUUAAAAGACUGUAAAAUGCUGGAUAAAAUAUUGUACAACACUGUUCUGUGUCAGACAUAUUCACCGUGUGGUAAAUAUUUAAUUGCUGGUAAUAUUUAUGGACACAUAGCGGUGUUUGAUCUCGAUACUAUUCUUCAUCCAGUUAUUGAGUUACUUACGCCAGAUUAUAACAAACCAAAACUUUUGCAUCUGUUAGAAAACAAAACUCAGAUAUGUAGUUUGGUUAGUACUGAAAACUUCCUCAUUGUCGGCACAGUCAAUGAAAUAUCUGGCUGGGAUUGGAAAGCCAUUGUUCAAUCAAAAUUAAGUAAACCUGCUUGGACUAUCAAAAUUGCAUUUCAAUCGAAAAUCGAUGAAACCGAUGUAAACAGUUUAUGGUUUAAUGAAGAAGAAAAUAAGAUUUACGCUGGUUGUGGUGAUAAUAAAAUUUAUGUAUAUAAUUUGGAGGAUGGACGACAUUUAAAUACAUAUGAUGGACAUAAAGACUUUAUUCAUAGUGUACAUGGGAGAGGUAAACAUUUAAUAUCAGCAGGUGAAGAUGGUUUAGUAAUGCUGUGGGACACAAGAAUGGGAAAGUCACAUAACAAACUGGAGCCACAUAAAAAAGCUAACAUAUCCAGACCUGAAAUCGGUAAAUGGAUUGGAUCUGUGGCUUUAGAUGAAGACUGGAUAGUUUGUGGCGGUGGUCCUCGGCUAUCACUCUGGCAUCAGCGUUCACUGGACCCAGUGAUGGUGUUUGAUAUCCCAGACCAUGGUAUCCAUGUCUCAUUCUUCCAUGAUGACUGUGUGGUAGCGGGAGGGGCAGCUAAACACCUCUAUCAACUCAGUUACUCUGGAGAAAUCAAAGUGGAACUGCCUGUGUCCGCUACAACCGUAUACUCUGCCGCAUUAAGAACUAACCCAAAUAAGUUGCUUGCGAUUGCCGGAUCCAGUCCAGAAAUCGACCUCUGCACUAGUUUUAAAUACAGAGAUCAGGUUUUACAUUUUAGAUAAGAUGUGUAAUAGCUCUGAAAUAUUAUUUUUGACAAUUGA